AUGGGCAACAACAAGCUUCUUUUUGCUGGGCUGGCUGUGGCACUAUCUGCUGUCAUUGGCCUGACGAAACUGUAUUCGUCCUUUAGCCGGACGGGCAAGCCAGACGAGGUGCAGCCGAGCCUCGUCAAGUCUCUCAUCCUCUUCUGCUACUCAUGCUUCAUCAAGCCGCACAGUGGUGGUGGAGACGGCACGCAGCAGGAUGCUCUGGAGAGCUUCUACCAGACGCAAGCUGGCGUCUACGACGUGACGCGCAAGGCCCUGCUCAAGGGUCGUGAGGACAUGUUAGCCCUCGUGGCGGCCCAGCUUGCCUGCCGCACCGAGGACGAGAGCCAGGUAGCGGCAAAGGGCCGCAAGGCGGCAAUGGCGAAGCCGACGACGCCCAAGCGCGUCUGGGUCGACGUCGGUGGAGGCACAGGCUGGAACAUCGAGGCCAUGUCGGCAUUCGUCAACGUGCCCGAAUUCUUCUCGAGCGUGUACCUGGUCGAUUUAUCGCCAUCCCUGUGUGCAGUGGCGCGAAAGCGCUUUGCCCGGCUCGGCUGGUCUAACGUGCACGUCAUCUGCGAGGACGCACGCAAGUUCCGCCUGGAGGACUACGAGGCCGACCGCCUGGCAGCUACACCGACCCAGACCGGUUACUUUUCGUUCGACCGGCCCGCCCACGGUGGAGCGGACUUGAUCACUAUGUCCUACAGCCUGUCAAUGAUUCCCGACUUCUACUCAGUCAUCGACUCGCUGACGUCGCUGCUCGCACCCAACGGCGUCAUCGGCGCCAUUGACUUUUACGUGCAAGGCAAGGCCGACUUUGGCUUCCGCAACUACACGGGCGGGCUGGUCAACCGGCAUAUUCCCUUUAUCGGCCGCACGUUCUGGCGGGCCUGGUUUGAGCUGGACCGCGUCAGCCUCGAGGCCGGACGGCGCGACUACCUUGAAUACCGCUUUGGCACGGUGCUGAGCGCCAACGAUCGGAAUCGGUCGCUUGGCUCGAUCCCGUACUACAUUUGGGUAGGCUGCCACAAGAAGCCGUUUCACGCGACCAGCCUGCCGCACGAGGUAGUGGAGCGCGUCGACGCCAUGGUGACAGAGUCGCCGUACCUCUCGGGUACCAAUGCAUCCCGGCCGCCACCCAGUCCGGCCACAACCCUCUCGCGGGCCGUACAGCGAACGGCGCCAGAGAUGCGGUCCAAGGCGUUUGAAACGGCGAUUGCGAACCUCUCGGCUGGGCUGCCGCUGCCGGCGUUCUUCUAUCAGAACCACCACUGGCGGAUCUACUACGACGAUCAGCUGGCCAAGCACAAGCAGUUCAACGACGAGUACAUCUACGCCUUCACGUGGGAGGACACACGCGUGGACGAGCGGCUGCUACGGCUGGGCGAGAACGACGUGGUGCUGGCCAUCACCAGUGCCGGUGACAACAUCCUCUCGUAUGCGCUGCAGAGCCCGGCCCGCAUCCACGCGGUCGACUUGAACCCGGCGCAGAACCACCUGCUGGAGCUCAAAGUUGCUGCUUACUCAGCACAACUGCCCUACGACGAUUUCUGGCGGCUCUUUGGGGACGGUCGGCACCUGGGCUUCCGCCAGCUGCUGCUCUCGCGCCUGUCGCCGCACCUGUCCAGCCGCGGGUUCCAGUACUGGCUGCGCAACGCCCACGUCUUCACCAGCGCCGGCGGCUUAUACGACACGGGUGGCUCGCGCAACGCGAUCCGCAUCUUCCGCUACAUCAGCUACGUCUUUGGCUGCCGCGGCGCCGUGCGGGCCAUCCUUGAGGCCAAGACGCUCAACGAGCAGCGCGAGAUCUGGCAGGCCAAGAUUCGUCCGGCCCUGUUGUCGCGUCUCGUAUCUGGCCUGGUCGUCAGCCAGGAGAGCUUCCUCUGGACGGCCCUAGGCGUGCCCAAGAAUCAGCUGGCGAUGAUCGAGGACGAUCACGUGACGGAUAUGAAGAGCAACAAAAACAACACGACCUACAAGCCGACAGCCCGCAACAUCCGCUCGCAUGCCGUCUGGCACUACAUGGUCAACACGCUGGACCCGAUGGUCGAGACGGUGCACUUGGCGGCCGAGAACCCGUACUACCUCGUCUGUCUGGACGGGCAGUUCUCACGACGCUGCCACCUGGACUACCAGUCGCCACAAGCCCACGCGCGGCUCUCGCGGCCAGGCGCCUUUGACGGGCUGCGCAUCCACACGGACGAGAUCGAGGAGGUGAUUGCACGGCUGGCGCCGGCGUCGCUGACCGUGGCCGUCAUCAUGGACAGCAUGGACUGGUUUGACCGCGGCGGCGACGGCGCGCCCUCGCAGAUCGCCAAGCUCAACCGCGCCCUUCGCCUCGGCGGUCGCGUGCUGCUGCGCUCCAGCGCCCGCCUGCCCUGGUACGUCGACGUGUUUGAGCGCCUCGGCUUUGCGGCCAAGCGCCACGGCAACCGCGAGCCCGGCGUGUGCAUCGACCGCGUCAACAUGUACGCCAGCUGCUGGAUCUGCACCAAGAUGGCCAAUCUGCCGCCGCCGACGCCUGGCCUCGACAGCGACCUGGGAAGUCGUCGGAGCAGCAGCGAGGUCGGAGUGACCGACAUUGACAAGCUGGUCAUUUAA